AUGGAACCAAAAAACUUAGGAAGUGAUAUUGAAAAAUAAGAGAAAUUACUAUUUAGAAUGAUGUAUAACCAUUUUAAGAAUAUUGGUUGUAUGAUCUAAAUAACUCAAUAUUGAUAUGUAACAUUAGAUGAUAAUAUUAUACACUGUUAGUUGUUCAUGAUAAUUAAAAGGAUCAAGAAAUACUUAAAUUUCUUCAUAAGACAGAAUUGAAAUAUGAAGAGAAUAAUAAUAAUUUAACUAAUAAUUUGACUUUCUUGUCAAAUCAAUAUUUCACUAAUGUGGUGUUAAAGAAGAAAUUCUAUUUUAAUAAAUCAACAAAUAUUUAUUGUAAGAAUAGUCAUAAACAUCACUCAAAAGAAAGUUUAAAAGAAAUCUAGAUGAAUUUUGUUAGUUAUUUAGAGUAAGUAUUUUAUAUAUGAUUAUACAACUAAGUAUAAAAUAACAAAAAGACUAGAACUGUUGAUUAAUAGUUGAUGUAGAUAGAUUCUUUAUUGUUUUGAAGACUUUGAUUUGAUCUCUAUAAUUAGAUAGUAUGAUAUUAUAAAGAAUUAGUGAAAUGAAAAGUAUUUUGAUAUACUUUAGUGUUCUUAGAUUCUAUAGUUCCUUGAAAUUUAAACUAGAAAAGGGAGAACUGAAUGAAGAUGAGAAAAAGAUAUAUUUAUAAAUCUUAAUAAUUUUUAGAGCUGUAGGAAAGGAGGCGAUAUUAAAAAAGUGGAGAAAUCAGAAUGCAAAUAAUAAUAAAAUAUCAAUUUAUAUUAAUUAAAACAAUCUUCUAUUUCCUGUUAAUUAAUAAUUAUGCAAGGUUUAUUGUAGCCAUCUUAACAAAAUCUUUUGGUUAGAUCACCAACUGAUGGCUCAUUGUAGAGUUACAGUAGAUAUGAGAGUAAGGGAAAGAAAAGAAUUAUAUACAAAAACAAUAAGGGCGAAAUUAUUGAUCCUCAUGACAAAUUGACUAAAUCACAACAUUCUCAUUCAUCUUAACCUAAUUAUUCAGUAAAAUCUCGAACUACUACUCCUGCUCCUUCUGAUAGUGUCAAAACAUAAAAUAACUACAUUUUUGACCUAUUACCAAUUGAUGAUCCCCUUUGGUUGGAGUUGAUUCCCACAGAAAUACAAGAAGAUCAAAACUUCAAUCUUGAAAGAUUGAUUUUGGAUAAUCAAGAGUAUUUUGUUAAUCUACUUGGUUUGUAUAUGCAAGAGAGACAACAAAACAGAAUAUAAGAAAUAAAAAUGUCUCUCCCACAAAAAAAGUAGACAACCUAUAAUCAAGUUCAUAAAAAACUAAAUGGUAUUGAUCAUUCAAAUUUCAACAUCAAAAUAUAUGACUAAAUUCCAAUUGCUUAAUCUCUUCAGUUACAAACGCAAUAUGAAGUUUGAUAUUUUUAUAUCUGUAGACUUCCUAUCGUACCCCUAGGAUUAACCAUCAGGAUAGUUUUAAACCUUACUACAUUAAGAAUGAUGCUGAAAUGCUUACUCUUACAAGUUAUAAAUAAAAUUAUGUUAAUUGGAAACAUUGUCUUACUGAAAGAGUGGGACCUUAAAGAGGUUAAAGCAUUGGAAAUUUGCCCUUCAUUGGCAAGACCUCUUAUCAAGAGAACUAUCAAGUUAAUAAUUGUGAACCCAUGGAAUCUGCAAAAAAGAAAACUCUGUAUUUAAUAUUUGUUUAUUUAAGAGGUCCUUUUGCUUCUGGGAGUAUUAUGAUCUUUAAAGAAGCCUUGUCUAAAAUACACUAUCCUAAUUAUUAGAUUGAGGAAGUACCACCAAAAAAAAAUAAUAGUAAUCAUCAAUAAGGAAAUGGGUCUUAUGAUGGACAAUUCAAAACAACUUUUAAAAAGUACUUUUAAGAUUUAUUUAAUCUCUAGUUCAUUUGUGUAUAAAGUACCAGAACCUAUAGUGUAGGAUAGAUAUUGGAAAUAGAAAUUGAUACAAAAGAUUUUGGAUAAGAAAUAAAAUUGAUA